GUUUCGGCGACGCUGAGUGGCUCCGGCGGCCCCGCUGCCGGCUCCUGGGGGGCUAUAAAAGCCCCGGGGUGGGGCACGGGGCCGGCACCCGCUGGGUUCGGUGCUGGGGGGGUCACCAUGGCCGCUGCCUUCAUCCUGCUCCUCGCCCUGCUGGCAGUCACACAGGCGGAGGAGGUGACCGACCCGUGCCAGGGCGGCCCCGCGUCCUGGUGCCGCGACAUGGCCACGGCCGUGCGGUGCCAGAAGGAGCAGCAGUGCCGCUACCUCUGGGACAGCCUGGGCACGUGGGAUGAGGACGAAGGGGACGCGGCGGCGCCGGGCAAGGGGAAGAAAUGCAGCAUCUGCACCAAGGUCCUGCAGCAGCUGAAGAAAAUGGUGGGGGACGACCCCGAUGAGGAGACGGUGAAGGCGGCGCUGCGGAAGGUGUGCGGCGCCAUGAAGGGGCUGGGCCGGGUGUGCAAGGCCAUGGUGAAGAAAUUCGGCUCGCAGAUCGCCGAGGCGCUGCAGAACGACGACGACCCCGAGGACGUCUGCACCAACCUCAAGUUCUGCAAGGGCUGCGCGGCCGGGCUCUGACCGCCGCUGCUGAACCCCGAAAGCUGAAGGGGGCCCCCAGCCCCGUCGCCAGCCUCCACCUGCCCCCAGCCUCCCUUUUUCCCCCCCCCCCACAUUGUCCCCACGCAAUAAAGCAGCUCGUCCCCACCGCCACCUCUCCGGAG